AUGGUCAACCCGAGCGACGCUGCGUCUUCUAUUCGCACGACGGAUCGGAUCACAAUGCCCCUAGGCAGUGGUGUGCAACCUCGGUUUCUGCCACAACAAGCAAGCACCCUCCUCUCACCAGCAAUGAGAAAUUCAGACGAAGGAAUGGUCGACAUGCCUUACAUCGAGGGACCGACACCCGCUGAGCCGCUGGUUGCGGGAACGGCCGCCGCCUAA